GUGGAACUCAGGAGAGGAGCAGUGAUGAGAGCCGGUAUGAAAGAGCAGCGGCGCACCGGGGGAUAACACUGAUAACACCGAAUACACACACUCAUCACCGAGCACCGAGCACACACACAUGCACAUCACCACCACAGGCAAAGAAGUAAAACCCUAACGAAGAGAUGGGUGGUGGAGGACACCGAGAUGAGCAGCUGGGGUCAGCAGAGAGCGGAUCACACACGCAGUACACCUGGGAAGAAGUGCAGAAACACAAUCGCAGGGGUGAUCAGUGGCUGGUGAUCGACAGAAAAGUGUACAAUGUGACUGAGUGGACGAAGAGGCACCCCGGAGGACGCAGAGUUCUCGGGCACUAUGCCGGAGAGGAUGCAACGGAUGCAUUUAUGGCCUUCCAUCCGGAUCUGCGAUUCGUGCGGAAGUACAUGAAGCCGCUGCUGCUGGGAGAGUUGGAGCCGUCAGAGCCCAGUGAAGACCACGGCAAAAACGCUGCUUUAGUGGAAGAUUUCCGGGCCUUGCGGAAGAAAUUGGAGGCACAGGGCACGUUCCGCACCAGUCCGCUGUUUUUUAUCCUGUAUCUUGGACACAUUCUGCUCUUGGAGGCCCUGUCUUUAGCACUCCUUUGGACGUUUGGCAAUGGCUGGAGUAUUACAAUUCUAAUAACUGUCCUACUGGCCACUGCACAGGCUCAGGCUGGCUGGCUUCAACAUGACUUUGGACACCUGUCAGUCUUUAAAAAUUCCACCUGGGAUCACGUAUUGCACAAAUUUGUCAUUGGACACCUGAAGGGGGCUUCUGCAAAUUGGUGGAAUCAUCGCCAUUUUCAGCACCAUGCUAAGCCCAAUGUGGUCACUAAGGACCCUGACAUCAACAUGCUGAACAUACUGGUCCUGGGAAACGUCCUGCCUGUUGAGUAUGGGGUUAAAAAGUUGAAGAACAUGCCCUAUAACCAUCAGCACCAGUACUUCUUUUUGAUUGGCCCUCCCCUGCUCAUACCACUGUACUUUAACCUCCACAUUUUGCAAACUAUGUAUAUGCAACGGGAUUGGGUGGAUUUUGCAUGGUAUCUGUCCUACUACGCACGUUACCUCACGUGUUACGUUCCCUAUUAUGGAGUUCUGGGAUCUUUUGUGCUUAUGACUGUUGUAAGGUUUCUAGAGAGUCACUGGUUUGUGUGGGUGACCCAGAUGAACCAUAUUCCCAUGGACGUUGACUAUGAAAAACAUGAUGACUGGCUCAGCAUGCAGUUGAGAGCUACCUGUAAUAUUGAGCAUUCAGCGUUCAAUGACUGGUUCAGCGGCCAUCUGAACUUCCAGAUCGAGCACCAUCUCUUUCCCAUGAUGCCUCGCCAUAACUAUAGCCGAGCGGCUCCUCUAGUACGAGAACUUUGCGAGAAGUAUGGGAUUGAGUAUCAGGUCAAAGGCCUGUGGCAAUCCUGGUGCGACAUUGUCAGAUCUUUGAAGAAGUCUGGUGAGCUGUGGCUAGAUGCCUACCUCCACAAAUAAUCAUCAUCGCUCCCGUAUUUCCUUCAACGAUUGUUUAAAACCAUGUCGACAAUGCCAUAAACCUUUUUUUUUUGCCUUUAAUUCACACUUUAAUCUCUAAUAUUUCUCAUUAUCCAUUGUCCUAUAUGCUGGAACUGAUGUGCUAUUUUGGAGCUUUAUUUGUAAGAGAAUUGUGACCACAAACCUCUCCUAUAAAGAUGAAAAAUAACUUUUGUCUUUCCAUGCUGAUAGUAACAUCAGACACGGAUAAAAUCAAAUUAUAGUGCUGGACUUUUUUUUUUUUUUUUUUUAAUUCUACAAACGUUAUAAUAAUGGCUCCUUAUAUUUUAACAGGUUUUCUAAUAAUGCUUUUCUUUGUAUUAAACAGACAUCUAAUCAUUGUAAAGUUAGGUAGAUACAGUAACACAUUGAAAUGCAAUGCGAAUUUUUGGUAGAAUUUUUGGUAAUUAAAUCUUAAACUUCUUCACGCUUGUUGUUUAUUUUUAUUUUAUUUUAAUUUUUAAUUUUUUUUAAUUUCAUUUUUGGUACAUAUCUUCUUAUGAGAAACCAAAUUUUAUCCUUGUUGUUUGAGACUGAGAUCAUGAAAGAUAAAAUGGCUACAAAGCAUGAUCACAACACUAAAAUUGUUACGGUAUAUCCAAAAGGCACCUGUAAUUUUGUGUGUAAUAAAGUGCAGGUACAUUUAUGCAUAUCAUAGGUUAAUUCUUAUAAUCCCUGUAAUGUUUGCACACACUUGAGAAUGCUUUAACCGGCUUCUGGAGGGAUGGUGAUGGCAUCUUCAGGGUUAUCAAGUUGGUACCAUCCUUUUUUUCUCCUCGUCCACCCUCUUUGCACUGUUUCACUAAUGACCCCAGUACAACUCCUGAGAGUUCAUCAGUGAGACCUGGGGCCCAGGUGGGGUCCCACCUCUAGAGCAACCCGCUGGAUUUCUCAGAGACUUUGGACAGUGUUCGACGGCUCCACGAUGCAUUUGUGACACUCACAAAUCUUCUGCAGCCUACCUCCACUGUAUGAGUCCUGACACUCCAGCCACGUUGUUGCAUCUGCUGCAAGCUUAGUAUAUGUAAGCCUCUUGCUCCCUCCCACUGGUCUCAUCCACUGCAUCUUUGUAGGGUACUAUAAGCUAUAAUCUAUGACGUCCAUGAGGAUCACAGUACAACAUCUGGCCAGAGGUUUGUCAUCUCAGCUGGGAAAUAAAGCCUCUCAGCCUUCUAGUCCUGUGUUGUGCCCAGUUGCCCAGUCUCUGGUAUAGAUGUGAGGAGCUUGGGAUGAUUCUGACAAACAAAGAAGGUUAAAGAAGGUGGUUUAGAGGAAACCGAAGCAGGUGCUUUGUUGUGUUUCCAACACAGCUGUGAGCACAUGUGAAGACCUUGUUCUGCUGCCAGGUGUAUCAGCCCUGUGAUGGACCGGAAUGAGUUUAAUAGUGUGUUGCUGGAGAUAGGCAAAUAUAAAAUAAGAGGAUGGACAAUAAUUGCUACAUACGUGGAAUGGAAUAUUAUUUCUGUACCUGCACCUCAUUCUCUAAAUGAAUGGAUUAUUGUGAACCCCUAUGUAGGCUUCUCUCACUGCCUCCACAUACAAGUGGCAUCCAACUGAAUUGCAGUAUAUUAAUAUAAUGAAUAAUCUUUUUCUUGUCAUUUCUGGAGCAUUGUAUUUUAAAUAUUUUAACUUGUGUAUGAUAGAUUGUGAGCCCUGACAAUUGUGAUAUGUAAGGAAUAAAACACAAAGUGGCAUCAAA